AGUGGAAUUGAGAAGAAAAAGAACGUUCGUUUUUCACAAGAGUUUUAAAACUGAAUUUUGCGAUCGCUCUGUUAUUGUGUAGUAUAAAACAAAACGGGAAAUAAUAUGAACGAAUCAUUUAUCGCGCAGUCUCAGACUAGUAAAGAACGUUCGGAUUAAUAUUAAAAGAGAAGAAAAAUAAUUAAAAAAAAAAAAUACGAAAAUUUAUUUUAUAAAGGAAUUCAAGAAAAAAAUUGACUUUAAUGAAAAACAAAAAAAUAUUUUAAUUAAACCAAAUUUAAGUGAUCUUAGAACAAUUAAAGGAAUAAAUAAAUUGAAAAAAAUAAAUUCUUAGUGAAUGUUAUCAAUUAUUAUGAAAAGGAUAUAAAAAAAAUUAAAAAAAAAAAUUAAUAAAAUUAAUUUUUAACACUCAAAAAAGUCUUCCAAAAAUAAAAUUAAAAAAAAAAAUUUUAAAUUAAAAGUGAAAAGAAAAAAAAUAAUGGUAUUAGAAAUGGAAAUGUCAAAAACAUAUCAAUAUCGUAAGGUUAUGAAACCAAUGUUAGAACGUAAACGUCGUGCUCGUAUCAAUAAAUGUUUAGAUGAAUUAAAGGAUAUUAUGGUUGAAUGUUUAACACAAGAAGGCGAGCAUAUAACACGUUUAGAAAAAGCUGAUAUUCUUGAAUUAACUGUUGAACAUAUGAAAAAAUUACGUGCACAAAAACAAUUACGUAUACAAAAUGGUAAUGGUAAUGUUAAUGGCUUAGAUGCUGCUAAAUUAUCUGUAGCGGAAAGUUUUCGUGCCGGUUAUGUACAUGCUGCCAAUGAAGUAUCAAAAACAUUAGCAACAGUACCUGGUGUUAGUGUUGAUUUAGGUACACAAUUAAUGAGCCAUUUGGGACAUCGUUUAAAUUAUUUACAAGUUGUUGUACCAACUGCUGUUAUAACAACACAAAAUUCUGGUUCAUCAACAUCAUCAUCAUCAUCAGGACCAACAUCAAUUACUGGUACAACAAUUGGUAUUGGUGGUAAUAUAACAUCUGCAUUAGCAGCAUUUACAAAUAAUACAUCAACAACAUCAAUACCAAUUAUUUCAUCAUCAUCAUCACCAGUAUCAACAACAUCUUCAUCAUCAUCACAUAUAACAACAAAUUUUGGUGGAUAUUUUGAUCAUCAUACACAUCAUCAUCAACAGCAAUAUCAACAGCAAUUACAACAGCAGCAUACAAGACAACAUUUACAGCAACAACAACAACAACAACAUCAAAAUAAUACUAAUGUUCAAUUAAUGCAACAUGGACAACAAGAAACAACAUCUGUUAUUAGAAUACCAGUUAUAACACCACCACCAUCAGAAUGUAGUAGUGAUAGAAGUUGUAGUCCAAGUCCAAGUGAAUCACAAACAACAAAUGGUAAUGGUCAACCAUGGAGACCAUGGUAAGAAUAUCAGAAAAUAUGUAUUAUAAAAAAUAUAAUUUUAAUUUUGUAAAUUGUUAAAAUAUAAAUCCCAAACUAUAUUCCAAAAAAAAAAUUAAA